GCUAUGUGGAAGCAGAGGUUGGCGCGUGCCUUAUCUGCUUCUCUCUCUUCAGUGGCCUUAAAACUCUCUGUGUGAUCCCACUUGUCUUCCUCCUCCUCCAUAACAUCAAAAUCUCCCACACCAAAACCCUUUCACAAUUUGGGCUAAAGCUUUCGAUGACAUCAAUGGCGUCCUACUCCUUUUCCCCUGCUACUCAGCUGGGUUCGAGCAGAAGCGCUAUGUUGGCGAUGUCGCGUGGGUUGUUUGUGAAACCGACGAGGACGAAUCAUCAAAUGGUUAAGAAGGAGAAGAUUGGAGUGAGGAUUGUUUGUCAAGCAACGAGUAUUCCAGCAGACAGAGUCCCAGAUAUGGAAAAGAGGAAGCUGUUGAAUCUUCUUCUUGUGGGGGCUCUUUCUCUCCCUAGCGGCUUCAUGCUUGUUCCUUACGCUACAUUCUUUGCCCCUCCUGGAUCCGGAGGUGGAGGUGGUGGUACUCCCGCCAAGGAUGCACUUGGGAACGAUGUAGUUGCAGCUGAAUGGCUUAAGACUCAUGGUCCUGGUGAUCGAACCUUGACUCAAGGAUUGAAGGGAGAUCCGACUUACCUAGUUGUGGAGAACGACAAGACUCUAGCGACAUACGGUAUAAACGCAGUGUGCACUCAUCUUGGAUGUGUUGUGCCAUGGAACAAAGCUGAGAACAAGUUUCUAUGUCCUUGCCAUGGAUCCCAAUACAACGCCCAAGGCAGAGUCGUUAGAGGUCCAGCGCCAUUGGUAAGUUGA